UUGUAUGCAUUAUUAGAAACUUCACAGGCCCGGAAUAAGGACAUGGAUCUUGACACAAAAUGCAGAGUUAUUGGAUAUUCGCAACUGCGUUGUGUGUAGUGAUCUCAGCUAAUGCCACACAGGAUGACGAAUUAACACUGACGAAUAAUCAGAAACUUUUAUUGGACAAGUUUCGAAGUCGAGUAGAAAAUCAGCUCCUUCAGGAUUACAUGAAACAUGACAUUUAUUUGGUUCACUGGCUCAGAGCCACAAAAUUUGACUUGGGGUUGACAGAGAGACUUCUGCUGGAGAACCUGGAGUGGAGGCGUGAGAACAACAUUGACGACAUUGAGACUCUCGACUGGUCCGACUUUGUUGACGAGUAUCCCUACACCACGGCCGUGAAAGAUAAGGAAGGUCGUCCAACGCUAGUUUUUAACCUGGGCGACUGGGACAUUCGAAAGGCCGCCCUGACUGGAAAAUCCUCCAAAAUGAUUUUGUACUGGGCCAAGUUGAUGGAAGAACUGACAGCAAAAGUUCGUACCCUGCACGAGAAGAAUGUGACGCAAGGAAAUCUCAUCAUCGACGUCCGAGAUUUCAACAUUGCACAACACUCAUGUCCGCAAUGCAUUCAGGUGUACAUUGGUCUCAUCUCUUUGUUCCGAUCUCACUACCCGAACGAAAUCCAUGAGGCAAAUAUGGUGAAUGCUCCGAGAGGGUUUCGAACCAUGCUUCGAGUUCUGGAGCCCUUCACCGGGAGUAAUCUGCAAGGGUUCAAAGUUUAUGGAACCAACGCGCAGGAAUGGCAGCGAGCCCUUUUGCAAGACUAUGACCUGCAAGAGCUUCCACUCGAAUUUGGGGGCACAAAUCGCAAACUUGUAGAUUUAGCAAGCUGAUUUUUAGCUCUUAAUUUUAGUAUUGCUUUAUUUUCAUCUUUUCAAUAGUUGCCAUUUUCCUAACGUAUGUAAGUAUGCAACUUUCGCUUGAUCUUUAUCUUAAUUGUAUUAUUUGUGAAUAUGCUAAAAAAUUUAAAAAAGUCCAUUGAUAUUUUGGCAAUAAUAAUAAAAUGUCUCUAUAAUUGAGAACAGCCACGCACA